GAUGAUUUGACAACCAUGAAGCUCCCUUUGGACUAUUUGCCGGGCUUAGACAAACCAACCAAAAUGGUCCUUAAACAUGAAUCGGUCGUGGACUUCAUUGCAAAUGCCCUGCUAAACACCCCAAGUGGGACCUCUACUGUAAUGGAUGCAGAC